AUGGAUCCUCCACCUAUUCCAUCCCAUAUCACUGCCACUCCAAUAGUUACCAUUGCCCAACAAAACUAUUCAGAUUCUGCCAGCUCCUCCCCGCGCUCCCGGCAAAAUGAUACAUGGGAUCAGGAGUCUUUGGCUCAGGUCCCCGGUGCCAAACUCCGUCUCAUAUGCAGCUAUGGGGGUCACAUUAUUCCCCGUCCUCAUGAUAAGUCCCUCUGCUAUGUUGGUGGUGACACCCGCAUUGUGGUUGCUGACCGUCAGUCCUCCCUCUCUGAUCUUCAAUCUCGCCUUUCCCAUAUUCUCCUCAACGGGCGCGGGUUUUCCCUAAAGUAUCAGCUCCCUAAUGAAGAACUUGAUUCCCUUGUAUCUGUCACAACUGAUGAAGACUUGGAUAACAUGAUUGAAGAAUAUGAUCGUGCAAUGUCAGCUUCCCCUUUGAAACCAUCUCGUCUUCGUUUGUUCCUUUUUCUUGCCAAACCUGAAACUGCAGCCUCUAUGGGUUGCCUCCUUGCUGAUUCUAAAUCCGAAACGUGGUUUGUUGAUGCUCUUAACAAUGCUAGCUUGCUUUCUAGAGGACUUUCUGAUUCAGCUGCGGAGGGUAAUUUUCUGGAGCUUGAAAGGAUUCCCAAAAGUGAUUCUGGUGUAAACCUGGAUCAGGCUCAGAAUGAGUCCUUGGCUACAAAUAAUCAGGAAAUGGCAAAGAAUGUAAUCCAAGAAGUGCAAUCCACUAUGCCUGAUUCACCAAUGGUUGAAACGACCUCAUCAUUUGAAUCCAGUGUUUCAUCCCCAUCUAUGCCAAAUUUGCCUCAAAUUAAAGUUAGAGCUGAAGAUGGUCAAAUGAAUGCAGGAUUCCACGGUCAGAUGCUCGUGUUAGACGAGCAGUUUUCACAGAUGAAUGUAGGUUCAAAUGCACAAAAUCUGGAUGAUGGUUACCUUCAUUUGGCUGCACAAGCUGCAACGCCACCUCUUCCUACUGUAAUUGGUGGUGCAGCCAUUAUGUCAUCAGUUACAAUGGUGAACACUGCACCGGCUACAGGGGAACAUCAUGGCCGGGUUAUCUCUGAUGAUGAGAAAUCAGAUCAUGGUGCUCCCUCUGGACGCCGAAAGCCUCCAUUGCCUUUACAGCCUAUUCAGCGGAAAGUUGGAGAUGGUUAUAGCUUGCCAUCACCUGAUUCAAAGCACGCUGGAGGUUACAACUUGCAAUCACCUGAUUCUGUAGCAAGUGAUAGCAGCAUCGCGUCAGGUACAUCCUUCUCUAAACACACGGUUUACCAAGAUGCACCUCCAGCAACAGGUCGCGAAACCAGAGUGCAUCCUGCUGUUAUGGACUAUAACUCUCAAAUCCAGACGCAGCAAGUUCAAGAUUCCGUAGUUAUGCAAGUCCCACAGCAAAAUCAGCAGCAGCAGCAGCAGUUCGUUCCUGCCAAUGCGCAUUACAUCCAACAUACUGCAACAGGCCCAGUGGCAAUCCCGUCUUACUAUCAAAUGUACUCACCCUUAACCCAGCAACCACUUCAUCAACAAAUGGAUCAGCAGUAUCAAAUGUAUUAUGUGCCAGUACCUCAGACUCAGCAGUAUAAUUUGACAGUGCAAUCUAAUAUAGCUGAUGCUAGUGCUGUUGCUUCAAGCCCGCAGCUAACAACGGCAAAUCCAAUCACAGUUUCAUCCUCAGUAGCUUUUAAAGAAGCUCUCCCACCUAUUUAUCCAGCAAGGACAAUCCAGUCCUCUAAGCCUGAAAUGCCUGCCAAUGUUUACAGAACAGCUACCCCAGCAAACCAAACAGUAGUUCAAGUUCCUUCAAGUCAAUAUCAUCAACAGUAUUAUGGCCUCUCCCAGGUUCCUCCUCCAUCACAGCAAAUGGCUGCUGUUCCUAAUGGUGCUGCUAAUUACGGCAAUGACUAUUCUCAUCCUAUGCAUGACCAGGUCUUCUAUGCCCAACAAACAGCUCCAACACUUCCUUCUCAGUACCAAACUAUGACCCCUAACACUGCAGUUUUACUAUCACAGGCUACAGCACAGUUAGCUGCGGAGAAUACCACAACUCAAAACAGAACUUCAUAGCCUUUGCAAAUAAAACAAAGCUGUUCAAAGAUUUGAUAUCUAGUGUAAUUUUUUUUACAGUUCGGAGUACAUUAUGGCAAAGAAUAAGGGUAUCAUGGUAUUCUUCAUCCUACAACAUGCUGCUGCUUUGAUAGGGCUUAGAAUAUAUUUGCAUGUGGUGUCAUAAGGCGAAAUGAAAAACAAUGUUGUAAUUGCUUUCGAUGUAGUUAUUGCUCCCCAUUUGGUCAUAUAU